GGGGAGGGAAUUGACUGAUUGACAGCAACGCCCUGGGACGGCGAAGCUGGAAGCCUGAGUAGUAAGAGAGGUGCUGGCUGCCGCGCGGCGGAGUGUGCUUUAUGGACCAUGUGCUGCUAUGUAUGCCUGAAGUACUUGAAAUGCAAAUGUGGGGAGACUUUGCCAUCUAAAUGCUUGGCUGGAUUAAGCGCCUAAUUAGGAUGGUUUUUCAGCAAGUUGGAGUAAGCAUGCAAUCGGUACUUUGGUCUGGGAAGCCAUAUGGUUCAUCUCGAAGUAUUGUAAGGAAAAUUGGAACUAAUUUGUCUCUGAUUCAAUGCCCAAGAGUUCAAUUUCAGGACAUCGGCUGGGUAGCUAAAGAAGAAGGAGAGUGUUCGACAAGACUGAGGACAGAGGUCAGGUCAAGGACACCUGUUCCUUUGUUUGAAAAGCCCCCAAGCAGGCAGAUUUCCUUACCAGACUUGUCUCAACAAGAGCCUCAGCUGAAGACACUGGCGAAUGAGGAAGCACUGCAGAAGAUCUGUGCUCUUGAAAAUGAACUUGCUGCUCUCCGAGCUCAGAUUGCCAAAAUUGUGACCCUGCAAGAACAGCAAAAUCUCAUUGCAGGUGACUUAGAUUCUACCACAUCUGCUGCUAUACCACCACCUCCUCCACCCCCACCCCCACCCCCCCCACCUCUUCCUGCACCAGGGCUCCACCAAAGUGUAUCUGCUAUUGAUCUGAUAAAAGAGCGAAGACAGAGAAAAGCCAAUGCUGGAAAGACUUUGGUGAAGAAUAAUCCAAAGAAACCUGACAUGCCAAAUAUGCUAGAGAUCCUUAAAGAUAUGAAUAGUGUAAAACUUCGGUCAGUGAAGAGGUCAGAGCAAGAUGUAAAGCCCAAGCCAGUGGAUGCUGCUGACCCUGCUGCCCUCAUAGCAGAGGCUCUGAAAAGGAAAUUUGCUUAUCGAUACCGAAAUGAUAGCCAAGAUGAAGCUGACAAAGGAGUUCCAAAGUCUGAAUCAGAGGCCACCUCAGAGACACUGUGGUUUGGACCACACAUGUUGAAGUCUACAGGAAAAAUGAAGGCUUUAAUUGAAAAUGUAUCAAACUCCUAAUAGACAGCGAGCUGAGAAAGACUAUCCUGGUUCUGCUGUUGGUUUGUGAAAGCUGUUUGGCUAGUAGAAAUCAACACUAUUUAGUAAAUACUUGACUUUAGUAUGCAGUGGUCUCCUUUAUAGCCUAAUUAGAAGAUUAAGUAAAAAUGAAAGCACUAUAAGUUUGGUUUUGCUUAUGUGAGAUGGUCAGUUCUGGAGCUUUCCAAGACCUAGGUGUUCUGACAUGUUUUUAACACAUAGCCAAGGUGUUCAGGUUUCCAGUCUUGAAAACACUUGUAUAGAUUUUGGAAUAUAGAAUGGACAUUUGUGGAUGUUACUGCACAUUUUGGAUUCUUAACACUAAUUUAUCUGUACAAAUGUUUUAUAUGCAUUUAUUUGGAUAUAAAACAGUUUAUGUAAAAGUUAGCAAUGAAUGAUGGCA